CCGUUCGCCUAUCGUCGGAAAAGAGCCACGGCCUUUCUUGGCCUAUCAAAUGCCCCUUGCCCCUUGCCCCACCCCACGGCCACGGCACGUCGUCGUCCAUAUUUUAGAUAGCGCGUCGUUUCAUCGCACCUACUCCCUCGGCGCACGUCGCGCCCUCACCCAGUCCUCCCUCACCCCCACCUCCUAUCUCCACCAUACCCACCCCUUGUAUUCGCCGUCUCCUAUCGCCACUGCCAUCGUCUGUUGGGUUUCUCACUCAUCUCCUAGCCAGCCGUGGGUGGCUACGAGUCAGACUCAUCCGCUUUCAUCGCAACGUGCGCACCACAAGCCGUAGAGGGGACGAUAACUAUCCGUAGAAGUGCUUCUUGGAACGCCUUGGAGUGCCUUGGAGGGGCCUUGGAGUCCGUGACACCAGCCAUUGAGGUGCACUGAGUAGCUUCGCAUUGCGCAUUCCUCGCAGCCAAAGAAACGCCUCGCUUUCCAACGGCCCAAGCUGUUCCUCUGCCGCUGCAACACCGCCGUCUCGCCAUAGUGGCUGUUUCUUACUCAUCCCGUAGAGUCACAUUCGUGUAGCUCGUGCGCCGCGUGCGCCUUUGAGACGCCUCAAACGGUUCCUCUCACCGCCGCCUUUGAGGCGCUUUGCAUCUGCUGCGCUUCGUGGGACCGCACCGUCGCAAGACUGCUCCAGACGUAGUUAACCGGGCCUGUAUUGCGUUGACCGGGUUGACAAGCUCCGGGUUGACAAGCCCACAGCGGUUCGAACGUUCCAUUCUUUCAUUCUUUCUGCCGGUCAGCGUCCACUCAGACGGUCAACGUCAUAUUUGCCGGCCGGUUUCUUUGCUUUGACGGCCUGUACUCGUUAUUGAGUGCCUCGCGUCAAGAUGCCGCCAAACAGCAGCCCCUGGUCGCCUGCAGCGUGUAUACCGUCCAUCCCAAUUCCCGAGCUCUGCCUCCCUACCACUGUCGCAUGCGCGGAUGUGGCGUCGCCGUGCGACUCCAUCAAGAUAGAGGCGAGGAAGAGCGAGCGGGUUACCAGCGGCGCGCGACUAGAGCGGUCGCCUAGCCAAGCGUACCGGGAAAUUCUGGCGGACAAAUGGUUCGCUUCCGCGUGGUUCUUUGUUCUCGUAGCGAUUCUCUUUACAUCGAGCUUUUCGUGUUUCCUCAUCUUCGUGGGGCUGUUCCCCAUCUGGAUCAUAGUCGAGGCCGUGUUCAGAUACUUCCGGUACCAGCAGUACCGCCUGUACAGCGACAACUAUAUCGAUCCGCCGCUUCCUGCUAUCGAGAACAUAUCGCGGCUCCUCGAUCAUGUCCUCUCAUUGGCUAAGUAUGUGGAUUACGAGGAGUUCGUCGGAGGCUGGUUCCUCGGCACGCGUGUUAAGGACCUCACCCGCGAGCACGUGCGACAAUUUAUCUCCUUCGGAUUCUAUCACAGGUUCUACAACGAGCUGUCUCCCGAAUAUCAGGAAGCCGUUCGAGACCACGUGGUCCGCACAGAGCGCGCCAUCGGCCUCAUCUUCCCCGAGGUCCUCCCCCCUUCCCCCUCCCGCUCCCCUUCCUCCGCCGCCUCCUCCCCGCCCUCCUCCGCGCGCCCCUCCUUCUCCGCCUAUCAACCCGUCGCCGUCCACCCAACCAAACCAGCCGCAGCCUCAGCAGUAGGUCCGGCGUCAGGUCCGGCAGCAGGUGCGGAAGACGAUGAUGCAGGGUCGGAGAGUGGGGAGGUUGCUGUCUACCCAUGCAGCCAGGAGGAGGAGAGAGCGGGAGCAGCCAUGGGGGAAGCCGAUGGUACUGCUAGUGCAGAUGCUGAUGCAGAUGCUGCUGCGGAUGCUGCUGCUGCUGGUGCUGGUUGUGCUGGUGGCUGUGCGGGGAUGGGUGCGAGGAGGACGAGGAAGCCCGAGGUCAAGUUCAUGUCGCACUGCAGGGAGCCCAUCCGCGCCAUCCUGCACCCCUUGAUCCUCUACGUCUGGGGCCACUUCAUUGGCUGCUUCACGAGCCUCGCUAUGCGCUACCUCGGAUUCAGCAAGCACUUCACAGCGGAUGGCUUUAAGUACUGGGUCAGAGAGCCCAGCCGCCCCUCUUACUCUACAACCGCUUUUACUAUGAUCAACUCGCUUUCGGCUGCACGCGCAGAUGCUGACCGCGCUAAAAGCGGGGCAGCUCCUAGCGCGGAUGGCACUUGCAGCAGGGAAAGUAGCAGCAGCAGCGGGGAUAUGGGUUUCGGGUGCAGCGGCAGCAGUUUUGGCAGGAGCAGCAGCAGAGAUAGCAGCAGCAGCAGCGGCGGGAGCAGCAGGGGGAGCAGGGAGGGUGGGAGUAUGGCGUACGCUGCUUAUUCGAGUGUGGCUGGUGGGAGCGUGGAUUACAGCGAGGAUGAGGAGGAGGGGGUGGUGUUUGUGCACGGGCUGGGCAUUGGUCUCACACCUUACCUUGGGUUUAUCGGCAUGAUGAAGAGGACGUACCCCAAUAAGAAAUUCAUUGUAGCGGAGAUGCCUCAUCUAGCCUUCCGCCUCUCCUCCGCCUCACCAACCAUUGACGACAUCGUGGCAGGGUUAGCUGAGGCCCUGCAGGCACAAGGACUGAAGAGAGCAACGUUUGUGGGCCACUCCUAUGGCACCUUCGUCCUUGCUCAGUAUGUGCGCAAGCACUUUGGCACAGUGGCAGCCCUAGGAUUGAUGGACCCUGUCUGCUUCCUGCUCUGCAUCCCCAAGACUCUUCUCAACAUGAUCUACAAGACCCCUGAGAAUAUAAUGGAUGGUCUUCGGUGGUUCUUCUGCGCUCGGGAGCUGCAGGUGGCUCGAUCGCUGUCCCGCAACUUUGACUGGCAUGCAUGCAUGCUGUGGCCUGAGGAGAUGCCACGUCAGCAGUCAGUGGUGCUAAUGGGCGGCCAGGAUCAAAUUGUGCCGUCCAACCACAUCAAAACGUGUCUGACAGAGAAGGGAGUGGAGUUUAUGUACAAUGAGACCUACCAACAUGCACAAGUGCUAUUCAGUGAUGCCAAGCAGCGGGAGUUUUUGACGCGGCUGAUUGCUGCCCGAGCAACAGCCGACCAAUGAAAUCCACGCUGAAAGCAACACGGGCAUCUUUUUUCUACGGUGCUGCCCAGCCAGCUGAGCAGGGGAACCAUCACACUGGACAAAUAACCAGUGGGAUUCUCGAUUCUGGCCCCUUAUCGGUCCCUUCUCCCUCCCUGGUAGUGGAAAAUAAAGUGAAUUGAAGGGAGGGGGGGGGGGGGGGGGUACACUGUACCACAGCACCAGCCAGCUUCGAAUGUUGAGGAAACUGAGGGGCUGACAGGCUACAUAGAAGUUUCAUCGGCAACACAUGGGAACUGAUCUAUAGCAGCAGCUGAGUAUAGUAGAUUCUAAGGCCAUUGUUAUCUGCGGAAUAGUGUAGAAAGUUUAGAGGAUGAGGGGUGAUGUGCUUUGUCCCUCUAGUAGCAACGUAGAUGAUUAUCUUUUAGAUUGCUAUGAAUAAUAUAUUUUUAUUUCA